CAUACACCCACACCAUAUCUCACCUGUCCCCCUCCUUGCCAUCCAGUCUUCUUUCUAAUCUCUGGAUUUUAUUUCAAAAGAAAUAUCUUCUGGAUAUAUAGACAUUUAUUUAGUCUUCAUGCCUUAGUCAGAUUUUUUUCUUAUUGAGGAAGGACAGUCUAUUUGAGCAACUGAAAGAUAUACAGAGUACAUCCACGAAAAGCAGCAUAAGUGAAUCCUUGCCCUAUCAACUCCACAUCAUUAUUUAUGUUUCACUAUUUCAUUAAGAAGCAAUAGAAUAAUAAGAGAAAUAAGAAUUCUCUUUUCUUCUCAAUCUUAUCCCCCAUCCCCCUUCCACAAAUGACUGAUUUUUAUGCAUGAGAUAAUGGAUGAGCUUGGGUGACCUGUUUUCCCCCCCUUUUUUUUCUUGCGGUAAAAUUGUGUUGAAGAAAGAGGGCACUAGUGUACAGCCCAUAGUCUAUCCUUAUCAUUCGACUGGAUUCGUCCUAAAGCCUCUGUGAAACGGGAGAGGUGCCACUGUCUGCUUUGAACAAGGAAGAACAGCAUUCUGUCUCCCAGAUUCAGGUAAGGUUCAACUUUAAAUCCUCCAAUUAUAUCAAGGUUGAUCUAUGAUAUAGUAGAUAAAAGCUGGCUUCACAUGGUAGGCACCAUUCUAAUCUAUCCGAUUUUCUGCUUAGCACUAGGUGCAUGUUUAUUUGUUUUGGUCUUGCAAUCAAGGAUUGAGUUCCACUGGUUCCUGGGAAUCGUCUUGCUUUCUCUUGCACCCUCUUCUUUCUUUAAUUUCCCCACUACCAUCACCCUCUUUGUUUUCUACUUUCUCCUUGAGGAGAAAGAGACUCGGCUAACGAUGGCAGUGGGAGCCAACUUCAGCUCCGCUUGCUUGCUACUGAGAGUCUGUGACUCUACCCUCAAAUUAAUACCUUCUCCCACUAUCCCCAAAUUGUUUCAAAAGGAGCUGGAGAAACCUCAGAGAAACUAGGAAGAGAGAGGAAAGGUGAUGGAGUAAGGUGCAACUCCUGGCCACAAUGACUUCAGCUGUGCCAUUGAUGUAUUUACUUUGAGCCACCUCUGGGGAAGAAAGGCUCACAUUUUCCUGAAAACGCCUCCCGUGAGUGGAGGUGGUGGUCGUGGAGGACGAGGAAGAAAAAGAGGAAGAGGAGGUGGCACAGAACUGUGGCCACUGCUGUGGACUGUGGACUGUGUGUACUUAGGGGAGAGAUAACUUAGUGGAGAAAAAGAGGGGAAAGGAGUGACAUCUCUGGGUUCCCAACAAUAUUCAGGAAAAAGGAGUCUAUCAAAUUGGUCACCUGGAUUUAUAUGGAAUCGUACAAUAAGAUGGUUGGGAUGUUGUUGGUGUUUUUCCCAGCCAUCUUCUUGGAGAUGACUCUUCUACCCAGGAGCCCUGGCAGGAAUGUGAUGUUGGUUGGGGGCUCCUCUCAGAGAUCAGUGGCUAGAAUGGAUGGAGAUGUCAUUAUUGGAGCUCUCUUCUCUGUCCACCAUCAGCCACCUGCUGACAAGGUCCCUGAGAGGAAAUGUGGAGAGAUAAGGGAGCAGUAUGGCAUCCAGAGAGUGGAGGCCAUGUUUCACACAUUGGAUAAAAUUAACUCUGAUCCUGUUCUACUGCCCAACAUUACCCUGGGCAGUGAGAUUAGGGAUUCCUGUUGGCAUUCAUCUGUUGCACUGGAGCAGAGUAUUGAGUUCAUUAGAGAUUCUCUGAUUUCUAUCCGUGAUGACAAGGAUGGGACCAACCGAUGCCUGCCGGAAAACCAGUCUCAUCACCCUGGCCGGACUAAAAAGCCCAUUGCAGGUGUGAUUGGUCCUGGUUCCAGCUCAGUGGCCAUCCAAGUACAGAACUUACUUCAGCUCUUUGAUAUCCCCCAGAUUGCUUAUUCAGCCACAAGCAUUGACCUGAGUGACAAAACUUUGUACAAAUAUUUCUUGAGGGUAGUCCCUUCAGACACUUUGCAAGCCAGGGCUAUGCUUGACAUAGUCAAACGUUACAAUUGGACCUAUGUCUCCGCUGUCCACACAGAAGGAAACUAUGGGGAAAGUGGAAUGGAUGCUUUCAAAGAGCUGGCUGCCCAGGAAGGCCUAUGCAUUGCUCACUCAGACAAAAUCUAUAGUAAUUCUGGAGAGAAAAGCUUCGAUCGGCUUCUGCGCAAGCUCCGGGAGAGGCUACCCAAGGCCAGAGUGGUGGUCUGUUUCUGUGAAGGGAUGACAGUCAGAGGGCUCCUGAGUGCUAUGAAACGUCUGGGAGUUGUAGGAGAAUUCUUACUCAUCGGCAGUGAUGGCUGGGCAGACAGAGAUGAAGUCAUUGAAGGUUACGAGGUUGAAGCCAAUGGAGGCAUCACCAUAAAGCUCCAGUCACCAGAGGUCAGGUCUUUUGAUGACUACUUCCUGAAACUAAAGUUGGACACUAACACUCGAAAUCCAUGGUUUCCUGAAUUUUGGCAGCAUCGGUUCCAAUGCAGGCUUCCAGGACACCUUCUAGAAAACCCCAACUUUAAAAGGAUCUGUACAGGUAAUGAGAGUUUAGAAGAAAACUAUGUCCAGGAUAGCAAAAUGGGCUUUGUCAUCAAUGCUAUCUAUGCUAUGGCCCAUGGACUACAGAAUAUGCACCAUGCCCUUUGUCCUGGACAUGUUGGUCUUUGUGAUGCUAUGAAACCCAUUGAUGGCAGUAAGCUCUUGGACUUCCUCAUAAAGUCCUCCUUCAUUGGUGUAUCAGGAGAAGAGGUGUGGUUUGAUGAAAAAGGAGAUGCCCCUGGAAGAUAUGAUAUCAUGAAUCUUCAAUAUACUGAUGCAAACCGGUAUGAUUAUGUCCACAUUGGGACCUGGCAUGAAGGAGUGCUGAAUAUUGAUGAUUAUAAGAUCCAAAUGAACAAAAGUGGCAUGGUACGGUCUGUGUGCAGUGAACCUUGUUUGAAGGGUCAGAUUAAGGUCAUCCGAAAAGGAGAGGUAAGCUGCUGUUGGAUCUGUACAGCAUGCAAAGAAAAUGAAUAUGUGCAAGAUGAAUUCACCUGCAAAGCAUGUGACCUUGGAUGGUGGCCAAACAGAGAUCUCACUGGCUGUGAACCCAUUACUGUUCGUUAUCUUCAGUGGAGCAACAUAGAGUCUAUUGUAGCUGUGGUAUUCUCUUGCCUAGGCAUUCUGGUCACCUUGUUUGUCACCCUCAUCUUUGUACUGUACCGGGAUACUCCAGUUGUGAAAUCUUCCAGCCGAGAGCUUUGUUAUAUCAUCCUUGCAGGCAUUUUCCUUGGCUAUGUGUGCCCCUUCACCCUUAUUGCCAAGCCUACCAUCACAUCAUGCUACCUCCAGCGCCUUCUGGUUGGACUCUCCUCUGCCAUGUGCUACUCUGCUUUGGUGACCAAAACCAACCGUAUUGCACGAAUCCUAGCAGGGAGCAAGAAGAAAAUAUGCACCAGGAAGCCCCGAUUCAUGAGCGCCUGGGCCCAAGUGAUCAUUGCUUCUGUCCUGAUUAGUGUGCAGCUAACAUUGGUGGUGACCCUGAUUGUCAUGGAGCCCCCCAUGCCUAUUCUGUCUUACCCAAGCAUUAAGGAAGUCUACUUGAUCUGUAACACCAGCAACCUGGGUGUGGUGGCCCCUGUGGGCUACAAUGGACUCCUCAUCAUGAGCUGCACCUACUAUGCCUUCAAGACCCGAAAUGUGCCCGCUAACUUCAAUGAGGCCAAGUACAUUGCUUUCACCAUGUACACCACAUGCAUCAUCUGGCUGGCUUUCGUACCCAUCUACUUUGGGAGCAACUAUAAGAUCAUCACUACCUGCUUUGCUGUGAGCCUCAGUGUGACAGUGGCCCUGGGAUGCAUGUUCACACCCAAGAUGUACAUCAUCAUUGCUAAGCCUGAGAGGAAUGUCCGCAGUGCCUUCACCACCUCAGAUGUAGUCCGCAUGCACGUUGGGGAUGGCAAGCUGCCCUGCCGCUCUAAUACUUUUCUCAGCAUUUUCCGGAGAAAGAAGCCAGGGGCAGGGAAUGCAAAUUCUAAUGGCAAGUCUGUGUCAUGGUCUGAACCAGGCGGAAGAGAGGUGCCCAAAGGACAGCACAUGUGGCACCGCUUGUCUGUACACGUGAAAAGCAACGAGACACCCUGCAACCAAACAGCAGUGAUCAAGCCCCUUACUAAAAGUUACCAAGGCUCAGGCAAGAGCCUGACAUUUUCCGAUAACAGCACCAAGACCCUAUACAAUGUGGUGGAGGAGGAGGAGAGUGAACCAUCCUUACGCUUUAGCCCAGCCUGCAGUCCUUCUCGGUUGGUGCACCGGCGAGUGACCCCUGCCACUCCUCCCCUCCCAGCCCAUGUAACGGUGGACGAGCCCCCCUUGUUCCGAGCCGAGCUGGCCGCCCCCGGAAGCCUGCCGCCCCCCUUGCAGCAGCCGCCCCCCCUGCCAGAGCCUCAGUCCCAGGAGCUCCUGCUGCUGGAGCAACUGCAGGGCGUGGCCAACAUCCCGGACUACAACGACUUUGACUUCUCUGAAGUGCUGGCUGGCCCUGGGGGCGCGGGCAACGGGGUGCGGCCCCUCUACCAGCUCCCAGUCCCCCAACCGCCGCCUCUGCCACUGCAGCAGCAGCAGCAAGCGCUGCCCGUCCAACUAAGCAUCUUCACUGAAGAGCCCAUCUCGCCCCUGGCGGAGGAAGGGGACAGCGAGCGAUUCCAGCUCCUCCAUGAGUACGUGUACGAGCAAAGGGGAGACACGGAAGAAGACGAGCUGGAGGACGAGGAGGAGGAGGAAGAGCGGGAGGAGUCGGGGCUCCGAGCAGCUGACAAACUGACCCCGGACGCCUCCCCGGCCCUGACGCCUCCGUCGCCCUUCCGAGACUCGGUGGCCUCGGGCAGCUCAGUGCCCAGCUCGCCAGUGUCCGAAUCUGUGCUCUGCACUCCUCCGAAUGUCACCUACGCCUCGGUCAUCCUAAGGGACUAUAAGCAAAGCUCAUCCACCCUGUAGGAGGAGGGAGCUGGAAGGGUCAGUCACAGGAGAAUGGGAAGCUGGAAAGACAAAUCCGCUGCUGUCCCAAGUACAAGGGAGGGAGGGAGGGAGUAGAAAGAUGGAAAUAGGAGGACCUGGGAGUAGGAGCAAGGAUGGGGGUCGGGUUCUCUCUCCAGCCCAGUGAUCUAUUCACCUGAGAGCUUUGAUUCUUGAAUAAUUCAAAAGUGUGCUCCAGCUGCGGAAGGGGAUUCUGACCAAGCACAAGCCCAAGCCCAAAUGUUAUACAUUAGGGAGGGGGAGAAAAGAAUUAUUGUUUGUUUAAUUCCUCUCACACAGAAUCAUCCACAAGCAUACAUACCGCUGGGGGGGGGGGGGAAAACAAUAAUCAUCAAGUGAAUCAUUAGCACACCUCAUAACAGGGAAGAGAGAUGUUUGGGGAGGCCAGACUGCUUCCUAGGCUGAAAGGAGGGCAAGCUAUCCUGGGAACAGAUAACCACGACUGCUCCGUCUUGCCUCUCUACCCUUCUUCUCUGCCAUGUGGAGCCCCACCUAGGCACAAACUGUGGUAGUCUCAGAGGGGACAUUGGAACUCAAAUGGCAACGUCAGAAUUUGAACUAGGACCAAGGGCCUAAUUCUAAAAUUUUGCACAAGAACCCCGUGUCAAUCUUGCAGUGCCACCUGGGGAAAAGUUCUGUGGCCCCAGUGAUUUAACUUUGUUUGGCAAAACAGUCUGAAGGGCAAAAUAAAUAAAAAUAGUAAUAUAAUAAUAAUCAUCAUCACCACAAAGUGUUUCUUUUAGCACACAGCUUCUCACAUUAGUUUUGUUUUUGUUUCUGCUGAUUUUGAAAAGGAGUCAGAACCAGAGACCAAAUAGAGAGGGGACCUUUGUUAUGUGUCAAACUUGCCUGUGUCAAGGGCUUUGAGUAGCCCUUUUUGUUGAAGAGAACAAACCCUGUGGCUAAACUGUUACCUUACGGGAUUUACUGUAGCAAAUAAUAUUUACCAAUUGACCUUCUGUAAUACAAGUAUAUUUAUUAUGUGGCUCCAUUGUUCUUCUGUGUUAGUAGGGCAGUAGCUUCAUCUUUGAAGAUAGUUGUGUACUCUUAGCAAAGAUGACUACUUUAGUUGAAAAAGCAAUUAUUUUCUGUUGUUGCCAAAGUUGUAAAAGGAAGUGAUCAAAUCUGUCCUGUCUGUGUGCGCCUGUGCCUCUAUGUGUGAAAUGUAAUGUCAACUUAACUGCCACUGAAAGAUUGUCUUACAGAUAUAGUAUUGAUAUUUUUGUGUUCAAAUCAUGUUUUCUAUAUAGCAUUGUUACAAGUAUAUACAGUAAGUAGCUCUUUGAAGGUUUGUAUGCUGUGCUCUCAAACAUUUUUCAUAUGCAGCUAAGACAGUUGUUACCCUGCUAAACUGGAGUUUGUUUGGAAGAUGUUCUAUGAUGUGGAAAUAGAUUAUUAAUCAUUUAAGUGCUUCAAGGAUUUGUCACAUUAGAUGUUUGCAAAAAAAAAGUAUGGGUAAUAACAAAAAGGUGCAUUUUAUACUGCUUGCACACACCAGUAUUAAACCUUAAUAUUGAAAAAUACAGUAUUUAGAAUAUUUCUUGUUGCUUCUAUAUUUAAAAUUUCUAUAACUUUAGUGCUUAAAGUGGACACAAAUAUCUAAAGCUACUGAAGAUUUCCCAGUCAUUUAUUGGUAUUUUUAUUUUGCUUGGUGUCUUCCUUCUAAUCUUUUAUGCAUUCUUCUUUACAUUUGUAUUCUCUAUUUUGGGAGGAAGCAUUUCAACUAGUAAAUGGCCCUUGAAAUAUGACCUAGUUGUCCUAUUUUCAAGUCCUGUGUUGUUUCCCUCAGCAAAACAGAUUUCCUGAAAUAAAAUGUUUCAGAAAGCUCACUUCUCUCACUCUAUUAGGACCAAACACAUCUAGUCAGUCUGAUUGGUUCCCUUGUUCUUAGAAUGUGUAUUUCUCACCUUUGGUUUAUUAUUUCUCCCCAGUUUCAUUUUUAACUAAUUCUCUUUCAGUCUGGGGUCCUAAAAAAUUUAUUUACAGUGUUCAUAUAUUUAGUCAGCAGGUACUAUCUAUUUCUCCAUUGAGUUCUUAUGCUGAAUUUCCUUUUCUGCUUUGACAUUAAUCACUGCCGGUUUCAUCCAGUUUUCUAUAUUCAAUUUGAAUCUAAUUUCCUUAACUAAUUUUUUUUAACUUUGGUGAAAAUUCAUCUCUGAACUGAAAUUUAAGCUUUAGAGCUCAGAUUUUCAGCUACUUGAAGCAGAAACAGAAAAGAAGAAAACCAUUAUGUCUUCUGGGUUGAUUUCCACGAAUUGGCAAACUAGCAAGUGAUGGUACAGUAUCUAUUAAUAGUCAAACAUAUUUUUGUCUUAAUGCCACUAGCAUAUGUCCUUAGUAUUACAGGAUUUGUGCUUUCCAAUUUGUCUUUACAAAGUUAAACUAGAUGGAGAAAACAGAUUCCUAUUAUUCCAUUAAUGUAAGAUAAUAAUUUGUCCUGGGUCUCUGACUUAGAAAAUUUGAACACUUUAAGCACUAACUUUAUUAUGACUACUUAAUAAUAUUAAUAUUACAAGUAUGAGUUUUCUUGAGAUUUAAUAUAGUAUUAGCUCUUAGAACAUAAUUGCUUAAAAUUGGAAAUAUACACAUACAUACAUACAGCAUACCCAAAGGGCAGGAAUUACUUUUAGUGUAUGUGUUUGUACAAGUUGUUAAGCUUCUUGUAAAAGUAUUUUCUUUUGGCUUGAUUGAUAUUGCCUUUUGUCAAAUGAUCUUGAUAAUGCUGUACAAUAAAUAUUUUCUAUUUAUUAUAAA